GUCUGCAUCAAUGAAUGCAAAGGAGUGCCCUGUGGUAACGGUCAGUGGGGUUUUGGAAGAAGGAAACGGUCAGUCUCGGGACCCAUUCCUUCGGAUCCUAAUAAAGUAUUAGAGUUAGAGUGGACUACAGUUCUUAGAGUUGAUCACUCGCCUGAUAACUGGCACUACAUUAACGUUAAAAAAGAAUCAAUGGAAUCUCGUUUCGAGAAUCAGAGAACCGGACGUCAAGUGAAAGCAAAUGAGACGAAAUCAAAUCAAGUGAAACGACAGGCAUUUACACAAAACCAAUUUAACGGCACUUCACUUCUCAAUCCCAUUAAUUCAAUGAUUGUCUUA